CCGAGUCGGGGAAAGGAUGGCUGAAAGCCAGAAGAAAGGAGGUGGUUUUAAAAAGUUUUUUAAGCUCAAAGGGUUUGGGAGCCUCAGCAGCAUUCCUCGCAGUUUCGCCUUCCGCAGGGUCUCUGUCGCCCCCAGGCUUGCCGAGAGCUGCGGAGGGGGGGCCCUCCCCCCCAACGGCUUCCUAGCCCUCAGCUUUGAGGCCACGCAAGAUGACUUGGGCGCUGGGCCCCAAAGCCCGUCGCGUUAUGCCCGCUCUUGCCACAUGUUCAGCCACAUGGGCACCAUGCCCAGAGCCAGCUCAAGACAGAAGGGGCCAAAGGCGGGGACCCGUGGGCCGGGCCAGGCUUUGGAGCCAACUUUGCCAAGGGCCCCGGAGCCUGGAGACGGGGUGAGGGCGGCUGCUUCUCAGCCAGGUUCUCCGCCACGUGGAGAAGAACCGGAAGGAAAAGAGAAAGGAAGGUCAUCCUCCAGUGUCAACGGUGGUCCAGGAUGCUCCCAAAAGGUGACGCUCCAGGCUGAGAAUUCUUCCAAAUGCUUCCUUGAACCCGGAGAGAUGUCUAGCCUAGGAACCAAAGAGAAACUGAAACAGAUCGAGGGGGAUUACCUUCAAGGAACCAGUAGACCCACUGAGAGGGCACUGGAGGACCUAACAGGCGUUCCCUUGAGCCCAUCUCAUUAUGCCAAGUCUUGCGAUGGGUACAGCCACCUUGGCACCCUGCCGAGGGCCCGUGCUGGGCAGUCGAAGAAUUGCAUCCAGAAGCAACCUACGAAGGCUCAGCAAGACCUCACCCGAGAUCUACCUUCAAAAGCAAUCCUGUCCCGUGCGGAAAUGGCAGAGAAAAACUCGGAGGAGCCCCUGGAGCAAAGGCACUCCGAGGGACUAGAAUCUUCAAGCGAAUAUGUGAAGUUCUCCAAGGAGAAGUACAUCCUUGACUCCUCACCUGAGAAGCUUCACAAGGAGUUGGAAGAAGAGCUGAAGCUCAGCAGCUCCGACCUGCGGAGUCACGCCUGGUAUCACGGCCGCAUCCCCCGGGAGGUAUCUGAAAGCCUGGUGCAGAGAAACGGGGACUUUUUGAUCCGUGACUCGCUCACCAGCCUGGGCGAUUACGUACUGACGUGCCGCUGGCGGAACGAACCCCUCCACUUCAAGAUCAACAAGGUGAUGGUGAAGUCCGGUGAAGGCCGCACACACAUUCAGUACCUUUUUGAGCAGGAGAGCUUUGAUAAUGUCCCAGCCUUGGUGCGCUUCUACGUAGGGAACCGUAAGCCCGUCUCGGAACAGAGCAGCGCCAUCUUCUACUGUCCCAUCAAUCGUACCUUCCCUCUGCGCUACCUGGAGGCCAGCUACGGACUUGCUAAUGGGAAGCACAGUGGCCCACAUGGCCAUUCUGGCCAGAAAGGGGGGCACAUCAAGAGGAGAAGCAUCACCAUGACAGACGGACUGACUGCUGACAAGAUCACAAGGAGCGAUGGGUGUCCCACCAGCGUCUCCUUACCACAUCACCGGGAUAUCAUUCGGAACUGCGCAGUCAGCGUGGAUCAGAUCCAAGACCUCCAUUCCCCGAUGUCUCCCAUCUCCGAGACCCCAACAACUCCAGCUUAUAGCUCUGUUACUCGCCUCAAACCACAAGUGGGACAAGCUGGCCACGGUGCCGCCCCGACAUCCCCGGUCAUCCGACGCUCUAGCGAGCCGCAGCUGUGCCAGGGGAACGGCAGCAAGGGUGAGCUGUCGGACAGCACCCACUCCACCCCUUCCCACGGGUGCUCCAGGGCAUCCCCUUCUCCUUCUGCCAGCAGCUACAGCGACCCAGAUUCAGGACAUUACUGCCAGCUCCACCCUCCAUCUCCGGUCCAGUGGGACAGGCCGACUCCCGACAGCAAGCUGAUGCCAGCCAAGAGUUAUGUGGAGAGACUAAAGGGGGACGAGUGCCAGCGAGGGCUUGUCCUGAAUGGCUCCGAAGGAGAAGCCGGGCCCAGGAAGAGGCCGGAACAGGACAUGGUGGGCUUUCUUCUCCCGGUGGUGGAAAGGACAUCCUCGUUCAACCCCGCGCUCUUCCACUCCUUACUUAUUCCGGUGGAAAAUAAGCCUCUGGAAAUGGUGGUGCUGAAAAAGAUCAAGGAGCUCCUCGCGGAAGGAGAUGCAAGGACUCUCGCUAAGCAUAUCACCCAAGUGGACUGCCUGGUUGCUAGGAUACUGGGCGUUACCAAGGAGAUGCAGAGGCUGAUGGGCGUGAGUUCGGGGAUGGAGCUGCUCACCCUGCCCCACGGACAUCAACUCCGGCUUGAUCUGUUGGAAAGGUUCCACACCAUGACCAUUAUGAUCGCGGUGGACAUUCUGGGCUGCACAGGCAGCAUGGACGAGAGGGCCUCUCUUCUGCACAAGACCAUCCAGUUGGCAGCGGAGCUGAAGAGCACCAUGGGCAACAUGUACAGCUUUGCCGCUGUGAUGAACGCGCUCGAAAUGACUCAGAUCUCCCGCCUGGAGCAAACGUGGAUGGUUCUACGCCAGCGUUACACGGAGGGGGCCAUUCUCUAUGAGAAGAAGCUGAAGCCUUUUCUAAAGAGCCUCAAUGAAGGAAAAGAAGGACCGCCCCUCUCUAACACCACUUUCCCUCACAUCGUGCCUCUCAUUACGCUCCUGGAGCGAGACACGGCACUUCCAGAACAUCCAGAGCCCUGGGAGAACCUCGACCAUGGAGUGGAGGUAGUCAUGGCCCACCUGGAGGCAGCACGCACCGUGGCUCACCACGGGGGACUGUACCACACCAACGCAGAGGUGAAGCUGCAAGGCUUCCAGCCACAACCAGAGCUCCUGGAGGUCUUUAGCACCGAAUUCCAGCUGCGGCUGUUAUGGGGGAGCCGAGGAGCCGAGAGCAGCCAGAGCGAGCGUUACGAGAAGUUUAACAAGGUUCUCACAGCACUGUCCCACAAGCUGGAGCCAGCGGUGCGUUCGAGCGAGCUGUAGCUUGACAACGGGCGCUGGAUCCACAAAGAACAAGCCUACAGCUUGCUUUCCGGCAGCAGCACAUCUCAGGCAGGCCCGGGGUGAUGCCACGGUUAUUGUUUUUGUCUGUCAAGGGGACCGAAAGCGAAGCAGUUGAGCCAGGAAUUUCUGAGCAGGAGAUACUGACAAUCAGCGAACAAACCAUAGACUGGGUUGAUUUCUUUCCUGAGAAACCUGACCGCCACCGACCUCCUCCCGGCGACCGUGGUUAGUCUUGCAAACCAUGGAGAAAGAUGCACUGGCCAAGCAUGUUAGGUAUUGGUCAUGCAGAUUUGAUUCACAGAUCCACAGCAUGGUUUAGGACGGAGGCAAACAUUCUCUGAGUAAAAAUUCAGUACUGAUUCAUACCAGGGCAUCCCUGAGCUUGGUGCCUCCCAGGGGUGUUUGAAACCAGAGUGCAGGAAUCUUCUCCCUGCUCCUUUCAUUACUCGGGGGUUCCUCUGCUUUGGUUUCCCUCGUCAUUAACUGGAGCAAAGCAGCUUCUAUCAGCUUUGGGUGUUCAUAGCUGUCUCUGGGGGCCCAAGGGGCUGAUCAGGGUUUGUUCAGUGCCCUGACCUCAGAAGGACCUGGGUAGCAGGGCACUCCCACAGACAGCAAGACAACUCCAAAAUUUAGCUUUUCUGUUUUCAUGGGCAUCACUGGCCAUCUCUAACAUUCCUUCUACAUUCAACUUGCUCCAUCAUGUGAAGUUAGGCUACAUGUCCAGAGUCCCAAAGCCCCCAUCUCAGUCCUUCCAUUUACCAAGUAAUAUUCCUUUCUUUUCUUUAUCUCUUUUCUUUUGUUUCCCUCCAUUUUGAUGCUGGGGAUAGGGGAUAUUUAGUUUUUCUUCUCCUGUAAAUUAAAAAAGAAAAUCCAUAUGGGGUGUACAUGUACAUAUAAAUAUAUAUACAUAUGUAUUCAAAUCUCAUUUGUAAAUAAUUAACAUUGUUCUUUUGGGACUUGUAAAUGAAUGUACAUAUACAAUGGAGUGUGUUUCCUUGAU